UCUCUUUUUGCCCCUUUUCCCUUUCUUCCCUUCCCCACCCUCUGUCCCUUGUUCCUCUUUCCUUUUGAACUCACAGGUAUGCCAGAAGAAGCAAGCCUUUCUCUAUUCAGACCAGUGGAAGCGGUUCAACAAAACAGGGAUAUUUGGAGUUCUGUUCCAUUUGGGAUUAAUGUGUUCUAGGAAAACCUAAUGCACGCAAGGACACCUAACAACCAAAAAAAUCUUCAUUGUUAUGUCCUAAUUCUGUGGCAGAGUGAUGAUGCGGGUGUGCUGGUUGGUGAGACAGGACAGCCAGCACCAGCGAAUCAAACUUCCACAUUCAGAAGUAAUUGUGAUUGGGCGUGGCCCAGAGACCAAGAUCACUGAUAAGAAAUGUUCUAGACAGCAAGUACAGUUGAAAGCAGAGUGUAACAAAGGAUAUGUCAAAGUAAGGCAGGUAGGGGUCAAUCCGACCAGCAUUGACUCAGUCAUAAUUGGAAAGGGCCAAGAGAUGAAACUGCAGCCUGGCCAGGUUCUCCACAUGGUGAAUGAACUUUAUCCAUAUAUUAUACAGUUUGAGGAAGAGACAAAGAGCCCUGGCUUAGAAACACACAGGAAGAGAAAGAGGUCAAGCAACAGGGAUUCCAUAGAAAGGGAUGCUGCUCAGAAAGCUGCCUCUGGGACAGGGCUGCAACCUGAGAGCAGUCCCAGCCAAUGCUCUGUGGCCCCAAAGAGGGGGAAAGAUCCACCUACCAAAAAGGAACCACUGAGUCAUUGGAGUCAAGGCUUGAAGAUUUCUAUGCAGGACCCCAAAAUGCAGGUUUAUAAAGAUGAGCAAGUGGUGGUGAUUAAGGAUAAAUACCCUAAGGCCCAUUACCACUGGCUGGUCUUACCAUGGGCCUCCAUUUCCAGUCUGAAGGCUGUGACAAGAGACCAUCUUGAACUCCUCAAACACAUGCAUACUGUGGGAGAAAAGGUGAUAGCAGAUUUAGCUGGAUCCAGCAAGCUCCGCUUCCGAUUGGGUUACCAUGCCAUUCCCAGCAUGAGCCAUGUACACCUUCAUGUAAUCAGUCAGGAUUUUGAUUCUCCUUGCCUUAAAAACAAAAAACACUGGAAUUCUUUCAAUACAGAAUACUUCCUAGAAUCACAAGCUGUGAUCCAGAUGGUACAAGAGGCUGGCAGAGUGACUGUCAGAGAAGGGACAUCUGAGCUCUUGAAGCUGCCCCUUCAUUGUCAUGAGUGCCAGCAGCUGCUGCCUUCCAUUCCUCAGCUGAAAGAACAUCUCCGGAAGCACUGGAUGAAGUGAUUCUGCGGAGCCUGAACUACUGCCACAAGUGUGGCCAGUUGGAGUGAACUGCUGGCACCCAUUCUGGGUUGCUGGUGAAUGUCUGCUUAUUUCUUGAAUUAAAACAUGCAGCUGUGUGUGUGUGUGUGUGUGUGUGUGUGUGUGUGUGUGUGUGUGUGUUUUAAACAAAGUUUAAAGUGUCCACAAUGUAGGGUGACUCAGAAUAACUCAGGAAUUAGGAAUUUGGAUUUUCCAUGGAUGUGUUCUCUGAUAAGGGUGACAGGGAUAUACCUGAGCAUCAUGUCCAGGACCCAUGUCAAGUCUAGUGAGAUA